CUACGUCACUCUGUUGCCUGCGUCUUCCUCCCAAACCAAAGGAGGCUGCAGUUACCCGCCUUAGAACAAGUCUUUAGUCCAAUAUUUGUUUAUUUUAAAGUGAUGUAGAAUGGCGUCUGCUUUUGGGAAGAUUGUCGUUGGUACUUACGUGGAGAUAAAGCGCAGUGAUGGACGUAUACACCAGGCAAUGGUGACCUCGCUAAAUGAGGACAACGAGAGCGUCACAGUGGAGUGGAUUGAAAACGGAGACACAAAAGGGAAAGAGAUCGACUUGGAGAGUAUAUUUGCACUUAAUCCAGAUGUGGCUCCAGAUGAGGAGAUUGCUCCCAGUCCAGAGACUCCACCCCCUCCUACACCAACAUCUGUGAAAGUCAGCAAAAUUGCAAAGAACCGACGGACAAUAGCACCUACUAAGAAUGAGACUCCGUCCAGGGAUAAUAGAGCGAUCCCAACCCGGGCCAGGCCUGCACAGCCUCAGCAGCCAGAGCCUGCACCACCUCCUCCAUCGCAGCAGCCUGCACAGCCCACUCAAGCCCAGACACAACAGCAGCUACAGAACGACUCCUCACAUCAUCCCAUAUCCAGAAAGGAGACUGGACUGCUUUCGAGGAGGAAGUCAAACUGUGUGAAGGAGGUGGAGAAGCUACAGGAGAAAAGAGAAAGGCGCCGGCUUCAGCAGCAGGAGCUCAGAGAGAAGAGAGCUCAGGAGGUGGAUACAACCAUCCCCAACUAUGAGAUCAUGUACAUGAUACGAGAUUUCCGAGCCAGUCUAGACUACCGGCCCCUGACCACAGCCGACCUGAUUGAAGAGCACAGAAUAUGCGUUUGCGUGAGGAAACGUCCCCUCAACAAAAAAGAGUUGACCAUGAAGGAUUUGGAUGUGAUCACCAUCCCCAGUAAGGAUGUGGUAAUGGUUCACGAACCUAAACAAAAAGUAGACCUGACCCGCUACCUGGAGAACCAGACCUUCCGCUUUGACUAUGCCUUUGAUGACAGCACAACCAAUGAGAUGGUUUACAGGUUCACUGCCAGACCUCUAGUGGAGACCAUUUUUGAGAGGGGCAUGGCCACCUGCUUUGCCUACGGGCAAACAGGCAGUGGAAAAACACAUACUAUGGGAGGAGAUUUCUCUGGGAAGAACCAAGACUGUUCUAAAGGAAUUUAUGCAUUAGCUGCUCGGGAUGUAUUUCUCAUGUUGAAGAAACCCAUCUACAAGAAGUUAGAUUUGCAGGUGUAUGCAACCUUCUUUGAAAUCUACAGCGGGAAGGUGUUUGACCUGCUGAAUCGUAAAGCUAAGCUGAGGGUGCUGGAGGACGGGAAACAGCAGGUGCAGGUUGUAGGGCUCCAGGAGAAGGAGGUCAAGUGCACAGAGGAUGUCUUGAAGCUCAUCGAAGUGGGCAACAGCUGCAGAACAUCGGGGCAGACGUCGGCCAACGCCCACUCCUCUCGCAGCCACGCUGUAUUCCAGAUCAUUCUUCGGAGGAAGGGGAAGAUGCACGGGAAGUUCUCCCUCAUCGACCUCGCGGGGAAUGAGAGGGGGGCCGAUACAUCGAGUGCCGACCGCCAGACGCGUCUGGAGGGAGCUGAGAUCAACAAAAGCCUGUUGGCCCUGAAGGAGUGUAUCCGAGCUCUUGGUCGUAACAAGCCCCACACUCCGUUCAGAGCCAGUAAGCUCACCCAGGUCCUGAGAGACUCCUUCAUUGGGGAGAAUUCACGCACAUGCAUGAUUGCAACAAUCUCUCCUGGUAUGACAUCCUGUGAGAACACACUCAACACAUUACGCUACGCCAACAGAGUGAAGGAGUUUGGGAUUAGUCCGUCAGACAUCCCCUUCUCACAGGGCGGUCAGGGGAGUCGCCCUGACCACUCGCCCACCAAUACCUUUGAGUACGAUGACUUUGCUGCUACCUCUCCCAGCAGGGUGAAGGAACUGACGGUGGACCCCAACCAAGUGAUAGAGGGGGGGCGACCCAACAUCCAUACUGUGAACCAGCUGGAGCUUCUGGAUGAGGAGUGGCUGAGUAUCUCGCCGCAGAGGGAUGACCUCAAACUGCUCUGUGAGCAGAAUGAGGAGGAAGUGUCUCCCCAGCUCUUCACCUUCCAUGAGGCGGUGUCUCAGUUAGUGGAGAUGGAGGAGCAGGUCCUAGAGGACCACAGAGCUGUUUUUCAGGAGUCUAUCCGGUGGCUGGAAGAUGAGAAGGUGCUGCUGGAGAUGACGGAGGAGGUGGACUAUGACGUGGAGUCAUACGCUACACAGCUGGAGCAGAUCCUAGACCAGAAGAUAGAAAUCCUCACCGAGCUCCGAGAUAAAGUGAAGUCAUUCCGUUCUACGCUCCAGGAGGAGGAGCAAGCCAGUAAGCAGAUCAACCCCAAGAGGCCACGUGCUCUUUAAGAGGUUCAAGUGGCACGUACAGAAACAUAACCACUAGAUGUUUGGCACAACUUGAGCUGUUGCUAGCAGCUGUGAAAACACAAAUAAAAGGACUGUCUAAUGUACCAACAGGCUCAAGGAACUGCGUUUGUUAUGAUCCCUCUCCUAACAAAUCUGCUCUACACUCACUUCUCGUGUUGUUAGAAUACAUAAGAAGAAAAGUAGGUUUAUUUCCUUCCAUUUUAGAUGAUUUUUUCUUCUUUUUUUCAUGGAGAAUGUUUAGUUCCCUUGUUCUUCUUAAAUUAUUUUUCUUUUAUACUUGUUUGUACUUUAUUUGGACAGAAUAUUUUUGACCUGGUUUAUGAAGAGUUCUUCGAAGUUUACCACACUAAACCAGUAUUUGACUCCUGGUUGCUCUGGCUGACAUUUCUGCAUGUUGCACUCUGUGAAGGUUUAUGUACACCUCUCUCAUGCUUCAGGCUCCUCAGUUGGCAAAGCUGUAAAAUUCACAUUUCAUUGUAGACGAUCCCUCUUUUCAGAGUCCUCCUCCUUCAGUUUUCACCAGUUUGGGAGAAGUCUUUAACUGCAUCGCGUUUCUUCCUUUUGUGUUUCGUUCCUCGUGUCCCUCAGAGAUUGUUACAUGUAGUUUGCUUCAGUUCGUGCCAUGUCAUUCUGUGUGGCGACUGACUUAAAAAACUCUUAAUGUAAAACAUGUUUUUCCACCCAUUUAACACUUUUGUUAUAAAAACUAAACUAGAAAAAAACUAUUAAUAAAUGUAUAGUGAAGACCACUGACCUCCCAUUGGUUAUGUUGCUCAGUGUUUGAAGCAGAUGUAAUGCUGGAUGAAGAAAUAAAAAUUCAUGUGUUUCAUUUGAA